GCGACGAGUGGAAAUAACAUUCAAUGUUAAUAACUUUUUAUAUAUUAAAUAUUAUGAAUAUUUCAAAAGAGAGAAUAUUUCGCUUUUGCGAUAUUCGAGAGAAUCAAUGAUAAUGAUACGGAGAAAUAAUAAUUCCAAGAAACGUUUGGUACGAGCGUAAAAUUCGAUUCGAUUCGAACAAUUUAUCGUAACGCAGGAAAACGAGAAGCUUGGGACACAAGGGCAAACGCAAAUUAUAAAUAUAGCGUUGAGAACGGCUCGCACAGGAAACACGGAGAUAAAUGAGCAUAGACUGGAAAAAGAGCGGAUUCGACAGAGCGAAUAUAUUGGAUACCGGGCACAUGGGGCAGAGGGACGAAUGAACAGCAUCCGGUUUUCUGAAUCACCGAGAUAUUCUUGAGGAAUACGUAAGGGACGAGUUUAAAUCUUCUUCGUGUAGAUCGUGAAAAUUCGGUUGGCUUCGUAUCGAUAUCGAACUAUGUAUACAUCUACUUUUCUAUGAAAUUAAAUGAACGAGUUUAGUUUCGAACUAUUUUGAAGUGCGAAGGGAGAAAAAGAGAGAAAGAGAAGAAGGAUAACAGAAAGGGGAGAUAAGAGAGAAAAAGAAAAAGAAGAAAGAAAGAGAAGUCAAGAGAAAAAGAGCAAGGACUGUUAACUUGGAUUUUUGGAAUUUUUUGAAGGAUAUACACUAACAAAGUUCUCAAAAAUUGUUAUCACUAUGAGACAAUGCGUGGACGCUAUUUUGUUGCACGGAGGUACAGGAAUACCAUUGAGUCAUCAUUAUGUAAAUGAUGCAGAUCAAUAUGACUCUUCAAUCAAUGAUGAUAAUACAAAACCUUUGGAAAAAUUCUACUUAAUCACAGAACAAAGGUGGCACACAGAUACUGUGCUACCAAUCUCUUUACUGCCGUCUACCGAGGGAAUGUCUGCUCGAUCUCAUCACAGGAUCCGGCAGUCCACGACGGGACUGGAUGAUGCUGGUAUGGAUUUGCAAGCAGCUCAACUCAGUACCCGUACAGGUCAGGAGGUUCGCUCUACUGCUACUCUAUCAUGGCUAGAUUGGCAGUUGCCUCUUUUCGUAGCACUUUGCGCCAUUGCCGGUGCUAUUUUAUUUACAUUUCUGAUCUUGUUAUGGCUACGGAAACAAAUGUCGCGUGAAAAAAAUACAGAAGAUGGUGACAGGAGAGGUCUAGUAGAAGAAGGAAUGGUGGGCCGUACAGAUAAAACUGGGAAGGGUACUCAGAGUUCUGUGGAAGCACAAUGGGUUCCUCAAUCGGUAACAAAACCAUCAGUAUCUACGCAAAAAGAAAAACCUUCUACAGCUACUUCUGGUUUACCAGAAAUAAUGGCUGUGGCUACACCAGAACGAAAAAUAGAGCCAAUUCGCGUAAAGGCAAAAGGAUUAUUAGAACGGCGUGGUUCGAGUGCAAGUUUGACUAUAGAACUAGCACCAGCACCUGAAAGUCCACCUCAUAUGGUCACCCCAACUCGCGAAUGUACAGCGGAAGAAUUUUUACUGAGUGCUGGAAAUGUCUUAUCUAGAACUCAAUUGAAAAAAGCAAUAAGUGAUCCUGCAUCACUACAUAAAGAAUUUUGGGAAGUACCAUUGAAUCUUCCUGAAAAAGUUGAUAUAUGUGGAGCUGGAGUAAAAAAUAGAUAUUGUACCGUAUUACCCAAUCCACAAUCUAGAGUGGUUUUACCAGUUUUACCAGGUUCUUCUGAUGAUCCACUUUCUAGUUAUAUAAACGCCAAUUAUAUCAGGGGAUAUGAUGGAGAAGAUGCACGUUAUAUCGCAACACAAGGACCAUUAGCUCAUACAGUGGGAGAUUUCUGGAAAAUGGUUUGGGCAGAAAAAGUUCCUGUGAUUGUUAUGAUGACGAGAUUACAUGAAGCUGCUAAAACGAAAUGUGACAUCUACUUUCCUUUAGAUAAAAAUAAUCGUUUGCAAGCUGGUCCUUUCACGAUUAUAGUUAACUCUAUCAAUAACAAAGAUAGUUAUACCGUUAGAGAUUUGGAGAUUAGAUACGAAAAAGAAAGACGUCACGUACAGCAUUAUUGGUAUGAUUCAUGGCCAGAUCAUGCUGUACCUCAAGCAGCAGAUGCUCUUGUUAAUCUAGCUGCAGAAGUAAAUGCUCUCUCUGGGCCUGUAGUGGUACACUGUAGUGCAGGUAUUGGACGCACUGGAUGUUUCAUAGCAUUAGCAAUAGGAAUGACUCAACUCUUAAGAGAUGGUAAUGUUGAUGUACUAGGUAUCCUAUGUCAAAUGAGGUAUGACAGAGGAGGUAUGGUUCAAACUGCGGAACAGUAUGAAUUUGUUCAUCGAGCACUUUGUUUAUUUGAACAAACACUCGAUGGCAAAACAUCUGUAUCAAGGGAAUAAAUAAUUGCUUUGAAUGAUUAUUAAAGAAGCAAGUACUGUUGCCUACAACAAUCCUAUUUCGUCCAGAUAUGCACGUCUGCCACAAAACAACAACAACAAAAAAUAGUUUCAAACGAAUCUCAGUGUCAGCCUUGAGGUAAGCAAGGAGGUCUCAACUAUUUCAACACUUGGAUGAAUUUUGCCUCAUCUAAUAUGCUGCCAUUCUAUACUGCCAUGACAAACCGUUAACAAUUGAUAUGAGUCGCGUAAAAAUUUCUCAAUUAUUUAUCAUUUGAUCAUCUAUCCUACUAAAAAAGCAUUUUUUAUGCUAAAUUAAAAAUCAAAGUAAAAUUCAUCUUUAAUGAACAAGUACUGAUUAUGUGGAACAUAUUUGUACAAAAAAUGCGAUUGAAUAACUUUACUGUAACAAUUUAAAUAUUACAUUCUCAUAGAAAUGCCCACUAUUUGCCAGAUAAAACAUAUUUAUUUUCUUUUUAAUUUUUAUGGGGUUGUUGCAUUUUUUAAUUCACGUUUAUAUACAUUCCGUACGUGGCACAAAAUAUAUAAGUUUUUGUAGGUUUGACGGAAAAAAAAAAAAAAAAACAAGUGUGAAGUGAAAAUUUUCACUAUUUCACCUUAUACUCUCAAAUAUGAAGUAGUCCUUCUUUAGCUCUUCAAUGCUAUUAAAUAUAAAAUAACUGAACUGCCCUGAUAUGCAGAUUCCAGGGAUUAAUUAUAACUGUUUUAUUGGACUAUGAAUGAUUGAAAUUUGAAUGAUAGAAAAUGAAUGACGAAGAAUUUGGGACCCAUGUCAUAUAAACGCUCUUAUCCUAUUUGUAGUUCCUAGUUGAUUUUGGAGUUUGAUGUUUAACAUGGACUAUGAUUUUCAUGAUUUUUAUUUAACUUACAAGCAAAGACUGAAUGUAAAGAGUACAAUAUGACUAUUAGUUCAAUAUGUAGUAAAAAUUUUGAAAACUUCACGAAUCAAAUUUUAAAAUAAUACAGUUCAGUAGUUUAAAAUAAUAUUAUUUAAAUAUUUUAGAUUAUAAACAGUACUUUUUAUUUCGAUAAUAUUUAGAAUCUCUU